CAAAAAAAACACACAGAGGAGGCAGUGUGUUCAGAGCAGGAGAGACUCCCAGGUGUCAAACACGCACACGCACGCUCGCUCAGUGUGAAGGACGAACUGCGCGAGAAGGAGACGAAAACAACCGGAACAUUUGGAAAUAUCGAAACAGGGAAGUUGGAAUCGAGCGUGUCGGUGUCAGCGGUGGAGAAGUGCCGUCGGCAGCAUGUUCAGCUGGGUCAAACAGGAGCAAGGUGGACGCAACAAGGAAGGAGAGAUGUACCAGACGGUGACGGAGGGUCUCCAGAGCCUCUACCUCAAGAAGCUGCUGCCGCUGGAGGAGACCUACCUCUUCCAUGACUUCCACUCCCCGGCCCUGGAGGCGGCCGACUUCCAGAGCAAGCCCAUGGUGCUGCUGGUCGGCCAGUACUCCACCGGGAAAACCACCUUCAUCAGGUUUAUCUGCUCUCAGAUGCCCAAUCAGGUUCUUCAGAGCAUCAGCAUCAUCGACACGCCCGGUAUCCUGUCAGGAGAGAAGCAACGGAUCAGCAGAGGCUACGACUUUGCGGAGGUCCUGCGUUGGUUCGGCGAGCGGGUGGAUCGGAUCAUUCUGCUGUUCGACGCUCACAAACUGGACAUCUCAGACGAGUUCUCCGAAGCCAUCCGAGCCUUCAAAGGCCAAGAUGACAAGAUCAGAGUGGUGCUCAACAAGGCCGACCAGGUGGACACGCAGCAGCUGAUGCGGGUGUACGGCGCCCUCAUGUGGUCGCUGGGGAAAGUGAUCAACACGCCCGAGGUGGUGAGAGUUUAUCUGGGCUCCUUCUGGGCCAAACCCCUGCAGAACUCCGAGAACAGGCGUCUGUUUGAGGCGGAGUCUCAGGACCUGUUCAAGGACAUCCAGAGUCUCCCGAGAAACGCAGCGCUGCGUAAACUCAACGACCUCAUCAAGAGAGCGAGGCUGGCCAAGGUGCAGGCGUACAUCAUCAGCUACCUGAAGAAGGAGAUGCCGUCUCUGUUCGGGCGGGAGAAGAAGAAGGAGGAGCUGAUCAUGAGGCUGCCGGAGAUCUACACCAUCCUGCAGAGAGAGCACCACAUCAGCCCCGGAGACUUCCCCAGCGUCACCAAGAUGCAGGACAUGUUGCAGCACUACGACUUCAGCAAGUUCCCGUCUCUGAAGGUGAAGCUGGUCGAGUCGGUGGACAAGAUGUUGGCCACGAAGAUCGCCGGUCUGAUGUCGAUGAUCCGCGACGAAGAGUCCAAGCUGCCGCCGCCGAUGGUGUCCGGCGGCGCCUUCGAGGGCUCCCAGGACGGGCCCUUCGGCCACGGCUACGGCGAGGGCAUCAGCGCCGGCGCCGACGCCGAGGAUUGGAUAAUCGGCCGCGAGAAGCACCGCUACGACGAGAUCUUCUACAUGCUGAUGCCCAUCAACGGCAAGAUCACCGGGGUCAACGCCAAGAAGGAGAUGAUGAACUCGCGGCUGCCCAACACCGUGCUCGGCAAGAUCUGGAAGCUGGCCGACUGCGACAAGGACGGCAUGCUGGACGACGAGGAGUUCGCCCUGGCGCAGCAUCUCAUCAAGAUCAAACUGGAGGGAUACGAGCUGCCGGCCGAGCUGCCCGAGCACCUGGUGCCCCCGUCCCACCGCAAAAACCCCACCGCCGACGCCAUGUACAACCACAGCGAGGACUAGGGGGGGGCGGCAGCCGCCAAAGUUGGCGCCGUUUACCGGCCAAAUGCUGGUGAAAUGUGCAGGUGGCUGGUAGGGUUGGUAGGGGUGUAAAUCACAAGUUUUAUCACGAUACCAUCAGUCGAUUCUAUGGACAACGAUACCAUAUUUGAGGAUAUAUUUAAAGCCCAUUUAAAUCAGACACACACACACACACACAUGCAGACACACACACACACACACAUGCAGACACACACACACACACACACACACAUGCAGACACACACACACACACAUGCA